AUGGAUCCGCCAGCAUACACUGUCCAGCCGUCAUCUGGCUCAGUGACCAUUCCCACAACAGGCAGCACCCCGAAGCGUUCAAUACAAGACCUACGAGCACUCAUACUCGGCAACGCAGAAAUCCUGAAACCGCGCGGCUGUGCAGAUCCCGUCGAAGUCAUCCUCGCUAAACGUAAAGUUCCACAAGCUUCAGCCGAAGAGCUAGCGAUGGAGCAGCACUACGCUUUUCUUGUGGUAAGAAGGCCGAAGGAGACCGAGAUCACCAUUCUGAUGAAGAGCGAGCCGCAUGCCACGGUGGAGGCGGCGCUAGAGGCCAUGUUCGAUCGCACGGAAACAAUCAUGGAAGAUGUUCUGUUGAGACAUGGGAGCUUUGCUACUGCGGGUUGCUGUCUGGCUUGUAAUAGGGCAAUGAGACCUAAGUAG